AUGGCAUUGUCAGGGCUGGGGUCAGAACUUAGACACAGACAUAAUGAACAGAAUGAAAAUAAUGAUGUAGGAGCUGCUGAUCAGAUGGAAGAGGAAGAUGAAAUCUCAGAUUCAGAUGUCGAAGAAGAAAAACCAAAGAGUCGAAGACCAAAGGAAAACCCCUUUACACAGCAAAAAUUAAAGGCCGUUCACCCCAUUCUCACUCCAAAGAACGUGAUUCCCGCAUUAAUAAUAUUAGCUGUUAUAUUUUUGCCCUUAGGAGGAGCGAUGCUUUACGGAGCCAAUAAGGUGGAAGAUCUAGUGAUCGACUACUCACAAUGUGAAAAGAAGGCAAGCUCGAGUUACUUUAGUGAAAUUCCAUCUGACCAGUAUGAAUUCCAUUUCCACAAAAUCAUCGAUAUCAAACCUCAAUGGAAGCUUGCCACAAAUACAUCAUCAACAUGGGAUAACUAUCCGGAUGACCGGAGUAUUUGUCAAAUACAAUUCCAGAUUCCCGAUGACAUUGGCCCGGCUGUGUUUUUCUUCUACAGAUUAAAGAAUUUCUACCCAAACCAUCGAAGAUUCGCAACUUCGUUUAGCGAGGACCAACUCACAGGAAAGCAGGCAACUGUAAGCGAUAUUAAGGAUACCGUGGGUCAGAAUUGCGAGCCCCUUUCUGUUGACUCGAAGACGGGGAAAAUCAUUUAUCCAUGCGGCUUAAUUGCCAACUCCUUAUUCAACGAUACUUACAGCGACAGCUUAUCGGCAGUUAACGGCACCUCCGGAGACUAUGCACUGUCAAAAAGUGGAAUUGCCUGGAAAUACAACAGCCAGAGAUAUAAGAAGACAACGUACGAUGCCAGUGAUAUAGUGCCACCUCCUAACUGGGUGAAAAUGUUCCCAAACGGCUAUACAAAUGAUAAUAUUCCUGAUAUUUCGAAGUGGGAGAACUUCCAGAACUGGAUGUCACCGGCUGCCUUAACUCCAUUUUCCAAGAUGUUUGCAAGAAAUGACGAUUCAACCUUGAAGAAGGGCUUAUACCAGAUCAACGUGGGUCUUCAUUUUCCAGUUCUUCCUUACAAUGGCCAUAAGUACAUAUACUUGUCAACAAGGUCUGUGAUUGGAGGAAGAAAUUCUUUCUUGGGAAUAUGCUGGAUGGUCGGAGGUGGUCUUUGCAUUGCUUUGGCAGUUUUAUUCAUUAUAAUGCAGAUACUUCAUCCUCGUAAGUUGGGAGAUUCAUCUUUAUUAUCAUGGAAUAACCAAGAUUCUUCUUUCGAGAAUCAAACGGGGAAGAAUGAGACAGCAGAGCCAAAAAGUUCUUCGGGCACAGGAACUGCAAAGGAAUCAUCUUCAUCUUCUUCAGGAGUUCAUUAG